AUGUUCAUCCGCACGCGCAAGCCCACGGGCCACAUCUUCUACCUGGGCUCGCUGGCGCGCCUGGGCCACGCCGACGAGACGCAGGUGGGCGCCUCGCUGGACGGCGGCGAGCUGCUGGUGCACCUGCGCUUCAACCAGACGCCCGAGAACUACACCGUCGGCGGCACGCGCCUCGACAACGGAUACCUGCACCUCAUCGAGGUUGUUCGGAACUCCACACUGGUGCAGGUGAAGCUCAACGGCACCGAAUACUUCCGCAAGUCCAUCUCCGCCGCCAAGCAGAUCGAUGCACAGGUGCUGUACUUGGGCGGGCCCCCGCCGCCCCUAGCGGCCAGCGCGGCCGGCGCCAGCGCGGCGGGCGCCAGCGCGGCGGGCGCCAGCACGGCGGCCGGCACGGAGGCGCCGGCCACGAGCCCGGCGCCGGCGCCGCCGGAGCUGGACGACAGCGCGUACUUCAAGGGCGUGAUCCAGGACGUGCAGAUCUCUAACGGAGUGAACGUCAGCAUCGUGGAGUUCUUCCCGCUGCAGGUGCCGGGGCUGCAGCUGCCGCCGCCCUUCGGCGAGGUGCAGCUGGACCCUGGCGUGCUGCGCGGCGUGGUGUCGGACGACCUGUGCGCCGCCCAGCCCUGCCAUCACAACGCCACCUGCACCAACACCUGGAACGACUACACAUGCCAGUGUCCGCGCGGCUACAAGGGUAAGCAGUGCUCCGAGGUGGAGUUCUGCCAACUACAGGGCUGUCCACUGAACUCGCACUGCCGCAACCUGGACGCCGGGUACGAGUGCGUGUCCAACGCCACCUUCGACGGAGUGAACACCACGCUGACGUACCAGCUGCGGCAGCCGCGCGGGCGCCUGGCGCGGCCGCCCGACUCGCUCAGCAUCACGUACCGCAGCAAGGCGGGCGGCACGCUGCUGCACGCGGAGGACGGCGCCAGCUGGUUCACGGUGGCCGUGUUCCGGCAGCAGGUGGCCGUGCAGUGGAGCCUGGGCGGGCUGCCCGCGCUGCGCCGCAUGCGCGCGCCCGCCGCGCCCGCCUGGACCACGCUGCGCUUCUACUUCGCGGGCGACACGCUGCGCGGCGCCGUGCUGGACGCGGCCGGCCACGAGGAGCCGGCGCUGAGCGCGGCGCUGGACACGCGCGCCUGGCAGCGCCUGGUCACGGCCGGCACGCUGCACCUGGGCGGCAUCGGCCACGCGCCCGCCGCGCCGCCCACCACCACGGACGCCGGCGCCGACUACGACGACGGCGACGACGUGCUGCCCGACAACCUGGCCGGGGAGUACUUCAAGGGCUGCAUGGGCGCCGUGCACGUGGGCGGGCUGCUCCUGCCGUACUUCACGGAGCACGAGCUGUUCGUGGGCGCCACGGCGGCGCUGCUGGCGGCGCAGCCGCACUACGCGCUGGCGGCGGGGCGCGCGUGGGGCGCGGCGGCGGGCCUGGGCUGCGUGCUGUGCCUGGAGCGCGACUGCCAGCACGGCGGCCGCUGCGCCGACGUGCGCUCGUCGUACGCCUGCGCCUGCCCGCGCGGGUACGCCGGCGACUACUGCCAGACCGACGUGGACGAGUGCGCCGCGCACCAGUGCCAGCACGGCGCCACCUGCAGGGACGGCGUGGCCUCCUACACCUGCAUCUGUCCCGACGGCUUCGAGGGAGAAUUUUGCGAGCGAGACAUCGACGAGUGCGCGUCCGGGCCGUGCCUGCACGGCGGCACGUGCACGGACGCGGCGGGCGGCUACUCGUGCGCCUGCAGCCCGGCCUGGCGGGGGCCCACGUGCGCGGCGCCCCGCGACCGGACCUGUGCGCACGGGCCCUGCGCGGCCGGCGCGCGCGCCUGCGUGGACAGCGCGCCCGACCCGCCCACCGGGAACAACUUCACGUGUCUGUGUAACGACGGCUUCGAGGGCGUCUACUGCGAGCUGGCCUUCUGCGACGUCAGGCCCUGCGUGCACGGCGCCUGCCUCAACGACAGCAAGGCGGCGUGGUGCGCGUGCGCGGCGGGCUACGGCGGCGCGCGCUGCGAGCUGGAGCGCGACGAGUGCGCGGAGGGCGGCGCGGCGGCCUGUCUGCACGGCGGGCGGUGUCUGGACGCGCCCGCGGACUACAGCUGCGACUGCCGCGACACCGGUUGGACGGGCGCGCGCUGUGAGGUGGACGUGGACGAGUGCGCCGCCGGCCUCGUCAGCUGCGGGCCCGGCGACUGCCUCAACCUCAACGGAUCCUACACGUGUCUGUGCGCCGCCGGGUUCUGCGGCAACGAGUGCUCGCUGAAGGACCCGUGCUAUGGCGCGGGCGAAGGCAACAGCACGGGCCCCUGCCUGCACGGCGGGCGGUGCGAGCAGCGCUGCGGGGCGCGCACUGACUACGUGUGCCACUGCGUGGACGGCUGGGAGGGCCGCAACUGCUCGCAGCCCCUGGCGGCCGCGGCCAGCGGGGGCCCGGCCUCCUCCACCGUGCUCAUCGGCGUGGGCGCCGCGCUGCUGGGGCUGGCGCUGGUGGGCGCGGCGCUGGGGGCGCUGGGGGCGCAGGCGCGGCGCAAGCGGGCCACGCGCGGCACGUACUCGCCGUCGGGCCAGGAGUACUGCAACCCGCGCGCCGAGAUGAUGCAGCACGCACUCAAACCGCCGCCCGAGGAACGACUCAUCUAG